AUGGUUGUCGCAGAACAUCCGACCAAGUCUGAAGAUGCUGCACUGGUGUCUGGAAUUUCGUUGGGUAAUUGUAUAUUUAAGAGCCGUUACCCGCCGUGUCGGACAUCAAGCCGUGAUCCGCUGGGAGGGCUACCACGCCGUGACCUGCCGGAUGUAACAUCAAGCCGUGACCAGCCGGAUAGGACAUCAAGCCGUGACCAGCCGGAUAGGACAUCAGGCCGUGACCCGCCGGAUAGGACAUCAAGCCGUGACCCGCCGGAUAGGACAUCAGGCCGUGACCCGCCGGAUAGGACAUCAAGCCGUGACCCGCCGGAUAGGACAUCAGGCCGUGACCAGCCGGAUAGGACAUCAGGCCGUGACCCGCCGGAUAGGACAUCAGGCCGUGACCCGCCGGAUAGGACAUCAGGCCGUGACCCGCCGGAUAGGACAUCAAGCCGUGACCCGCCGGAUAGGACAUCAGGCCGUGACCCGCCGGAUAGGACAUCAAGCCGUGACCCGCCGGAUAGGACAUCAGGCCGUGACCAGCAGGAUAGGACAUCAGGCCGUGACCAGCCGGAUAGGACAUCAAGCCGUGACCAGCCGGGUAGGACAUCGAGCCGUGACCAGCCGGGUAGGACAUCAAGCCGUGACCAGCCGGAUAGGACAUCAAGCCGUGACCCGCCGGAUAGGACAUCAAGCCGUGACCAGCCGGGUAGGACAUCAAGCAGUGUAUCGCCGGGUAGGACAUCAAGCCGUGACCUGCCGGAUAGGACAUCAAGCCGUGUAUCGCCGGGUAGGACAUCAAGCCGAUUCAACCGUGAAGUCAACCAUCGAAUGAUUGGAUCACCAAAAGAAUCGACAUGA